AUGUCGUUUUGGGAUAAGUUGACAGGGAGAAAGUCAUCAAAGGAUGCUUCUAGUGGCGGAUCAACCUCAAAUACUCCAACAGACGACUUCACACCUCCACCUUUCAACCCCCAAGAAGCUCAAGAUGUCACCUCAUUCCUCACUGGCCCAGAGCUUGUAGACCCAUCACGACUGCAUCCCAUGGCAGGUCUAAACCAGCAGACGCUAGAUUAUCUAUCCCUCGAAGAAUCUACUCUCUCGGACCUUCCAGGAUCGCAGGCUGCAUUACCCUCGAGAGGCUGGUCGGACGAUUUAUGUUAUGGUACGGGUGUGACAUAUUUAACGGCGUUGACUGUAGGAGGUGCGUGGGGAUUACAGGAGGGGCUGAGGAGGUCUGCGACACAACCACCAAAGUUACGAUUGAACUCGGUGCUGAACGCUGUUACAAGGCGAGGCCCAUUCUUGGGAAAUUCUGCAGCAGUGAUCGCGAUGGUUUAUAACGGUUUCAAUUCUUUUCUUGGCCAUGCAAGGGGCAGACAUGACUCGGCGAACAGUAUCCUUGCGGGUGCGCUGAGUGGAAUGAUCUUUAAAAGUACCAGAGGGGUUCGACCUAUGAUGAUUUCUGGUGGGAUUGUCGCUUCAGUGGCCGGCGCAUGGGCAGUCGCGAGAAAAGCCGUAUUUUAA